UGGCCCCCGAGGCGGGGGGCGAGCCGCGGGUGGAGCCGGAGACCGGUUCCGCCUCUUUGUCGGGUGGAUCGUCGCCUCAAAAAAGCGGGCUGGUCAAAUACGGCGAACUCAUCAUUCUCGGCUACAACGGCAGUUUGCCGCAAGGCGAUCGAGGCCGUCGUCGCUCCAAGUUUGUGUUGUAUCGCCGUCAAAAGGCCAAUGGUGUGAUGCGGAGCCGUCACUAUCCGGUCAAAACGCCCCAAUCGGCUCAGGCCAUCCACAACAAUCAGCUCCACUCGAUUUCCUACACCUUGUCCCGCCAUCAAGCCGUCAUCGUCGAGUACACACACGACCCCACCACCGAUCUCUUCCAGAUUGGUCGGAGUUCCGAGUCGCCCAUCGACUUUGUGGUCAUGGACACGGUGCCGGGCAAUCAGGUUCAGGAGCGUGUCAACGCCCAAUCCACCAUAUCCCGUUUCGCUUGUCGCAUUCUGGCCCAACGGGACGAAGACGACCUCACGUGUCGCAUCUACGCCGCCGGAUUCGAUUCGCAACGCAACAUUUUCCUCGGCGAGCGAGCCACCAAAUGGGAGACCGGUCAACAGGGCGUGGACGGUCUCACCACGAAUGGUGUGCUCAUCAUGCAUCCCAAAGGCGAAUUCUGCCCACCGUCUAAUUCGGCAUCGACCACGCCCCCUGCUACCUCCAAACCUGGCAUUUGGCGCGAAAUAUCCGUGGGUGGAAGUGUGUUCGGCUUACGCGAAAGUCGAAGUGCGGCCCUACAAGGAUCGCCAGUUCCCUCGGAAAGUAACACCCUAGUGGAUGGAACCCUCAUUGACCUUUGUGGAGCCACCUUACUCUGGAGAGCAGCGCACGGAUUGGCUAACUCUCCCACGCCAAGACAACUCGAGCGAUGUUUAGAUGAUUUAAAUGCUGGUCGACCUCAAUGUCCAGUUGGACUUCACACGCUCGUGGUACCAACGAGGAAAAAUUCAAAUCACGUCGCGCCCGAAGCCCAACCAGUCGUCUAUUUGAGCUGUGGGCACGUUCAGGGUCGCCACGAAUGGGGAAGUCUAAAUGACUCCAAAGGCUCGAAAACGUGUCCAAUCUGUUUAGGAGCCUCCUCCACGGCAUUACUGAUGAUGGGGAGUGAGCCAGGUUUCUAUGUUGACUGUGAAUCGCCGGAUUAUGCCUUCGUUCCUUGUGGGCAUAUGGCCUCCGAGAAAACUGUGAAAUACUGGGCCAACGUGCCCAUCCCUUGCGGAACCUCCGGAUUUCAAUCAGCUUGUCCAUUUUGUGCAAUGCCUCUCACGGGCACCCCUGGAUAUGUCAAAUUGAUAUUUCAAGAUAAAUGCGAUUGAAAGAAAAAAGCGACGCUCCUUCCUUCCUUCCUUCCUUUUUUCCUUCUUUCCUUUCUCUCUUCGCUCCCUCACCGAAUUCCCUCUUCUCUUGAUGAUGAUGAUGAUGAUCACACCUUUUUCACUCAACUCAUGACGUUUGCACAAUGGCAACAAGCUACAAAUACAUACUCUCCCCAACUGUCAAGCUGUUUCCCUUGCCCACCUCGAGUUUUCGACCUUUCUUCGUCGUUGAGAUUAGCACCAGAAGUCCACAAUACAUUUUGGAAAAUAUUCACACGAACUGGAAACCGACUGGAGAUGCCUGUGUGGGAUUUGGCCAAGGAAUGAACGAUUAUUUUACUCGGGUGAAAUCUGAUUCAACCGCUUUAAUUCUCGAGUGGUAUGUGAACAUGUGAAGAGAUUCCAUCCUCUUCAUACGAAUGAAUACACUAAAAUCCAUAGUCAAUUUGGUUUGGAUUGAAUAAAUAACUAGAAAUUAUGCUGGUA